AUGCUGAAGCACUUUUUAGACGGCGGCCAAGCGCGGAUCAAACAAACCCUGCAGAGGGGCUACGCGCCGCCGCACUUUGCACACAACCUGGAGCUGAUACUGGUCGAGGACAGCCGGUCGCCGACGUCCAUGUCGAUGCGCAGCAAGCUCGCGAGCACACGCGAGAGGAUAGCAAGGCUUCGCACCCUCGACCCAGUGACUCUGAUAUGGUGGACCACGGCGUUUCCUAUGCGCCAGUGGUCGGGGGGACGGAACAUGAGCAGCCGUACCUUUGCCGCGCUGGUCAGGCGAGCUCCGGACUUUGCGGCAGAGAUGGAACCGCUGCUCGGCAUCAUAAGGGACGAACUAAAACUGCUAGCUGAAGUCCACAAAACGUCCCGCGCCGUCCAAGAUUUGCUUUUGGCCGUCUCCAGAGACCACGCUUCGGGCUCGCGUUCCAUCACACCGAACACGGAUGUCCAGUCGCCCAAGAAUCAAUAUGUUGUCUUGACCGGAGCGCAACCGCAAUUCCCCGCGUUGCUGCCGCAUCUGCUGCGUCAGGGAGUAGAAGCUUCACGGAAAUACCAGCAAGAGAAGGAUAAAGGGGCGCGGCUCUCCACUGCAAUCCAAGCUUUCAUACCCACGGUUCCGAUGGAGAAGGAUGCAUACGUGAUGCUAUCCAUAGGCUCCAACGAAGUUUGGGGGCUUUUACACGAGCUUGGCAUCUUAGAUCAAAUUGUCAAGGAGCCAAAGGCGGGGGCCACUGAAGGCGAGCUACUGGAUAGAAUAGAAAUUUUCCGACAUCAACCCUACCGUAGUAAAUCGGACCGGAAGUGGGGGCCCGUUCUCAUCGUGGGAGGUUCUGGCCGCCUCGGGUACUUUAUUGCUCGCGAACUGCUGCAGCAGCCCGAAUGCGACCGCGUAGUCUCAAUCAGCCGGAGCUCAGCUGUCGCCAACGCCUGCGAGGGCGUGGAGUACAGAGUGGCCGACAUACGAGACGGCGAGGCCGUGGCCGCCAUCAUGGCAGAGGUUCGGCCAGAGACCAUAAUCAACUCGGCCUCUCCGCCCCACACCGACGAGACGGUCACCUCAAAGACCGAGUUUGAGGAGUUCUUUGGCGAGGCACAGGAGAAACUAUUGGCAGCGGCUCGCAGGUUCGGGAGCAGGUACCUUGUGUUCACCUCAUCUUCGUCCGUCAUCCAGGGCUACAACCACUACGACGCGGACGAAACGGCACCCAUGUGGCCAGAGAACUCCAGAGCCUACCCAUACUGGGUCCAGCGCGCCAAGAUGGAAAACCGUCUUCUGGCUGCCGACUCACCCGAGCUGCAAUCCGUGGCCCUCCGCCUGCCCCUCAUCGUCGGGGAGAGGGACUACGCCUUCGUGCCGUCGAUGGUCAAGGCGUUAGAGGACGGCCAGACGGGAGUUCAGAUCGGGAGCGGGUACGGAAAGCUCACGACCGUGUCGGCCGACGACGCAGCCAGGGCGCACGUCCUCGCCCUGAGGGGGCUCAUGAGGCCCGGGAACGACGUGCACGGCGAGGCGUUCUACAUCAUAGGAAAGAAGCCCGUCAUCUCGUUCCAGGCCAUGGCGCGCGUCGUCUGGGUCGAGGCCGGCUGGAAACCGUCCCCGCCGUCCAUCACGGUGCCCGACUGGGCAGCCAAGACCCUGGUGGCGGCUUGCGAGAUGAUCACGUGGCCCUUGGGGAUCACUCCGCCGCUGACCGUGCACAUGCUGCGAAUCAUGUGCAACACUUGGACGUACAACGAUACCAAAGCACGGGAGAGACUGGGGUACGUGCCCAGGGACGACACAGUGGACGCACUGAGGAAGGGGACCAGAGAGUUUCUGGCGAACCGAGACGAGCACCGAAAGAGUGGUCCAAACCACCCUUGA